GGGCAACACCCAAUCGCGUCGCCGAUCGGCCUGCCGAUUGUUUUGUCAUUGCAACUUCCUCAACAGCGUAUCUCCCCCCACCACCGUCCGCCUCAACCAUUGUGCGCAUUGUCUUGCGCAGCGUGAAGGAACAACAAAAUCAGGAUUUGACAAAAUAUUCGAAAUUGACGCAUUAUUAUUGUUCAAUCAACCUCCGAAAUAUGUAUCGGUUUCGCGACUAAACCACCAAAUCCGAUUCCGUUUGCGACAGCCUCGACCUUUGCGCGAUCACAUUCCCAGCUACUGGCCUUCGCUCAGCCAAGCGGGACAAGAGACAUCACCGUUACUACCAAGAAACAAGGCUGAUUCCGACAAUUCUUCUCGCGAAAUAACGUUCCUGUACGAAUCGACCUCCGGCCGCAACGGCGCAUCCGCGACCAUGACAGACUACUUCAUCUACGAAAAUCGUCUAGUGUCUUUUGAUGGGCAGCCCCUGGCAAACAAAGAUGGGAUACCUCCCGCUGAUUCCCGAGGCAAGCUGGUAAAAUGGCCACAUAAGUCUUUAUCAGCGGAUGAGCUCGCAAAAGCCGGAUUUUACUUUGAUCCUAUGGUCACUAGUCCCGACAAUGUAACAUGCUUUUUGUGCGAGAAUUCCUUUGAUGGCUGGACGCCUGGAGACCAUCCAAUCCAAGAACAUCUGAAACAUUCACCAUUUUGCGGCUGGGCUGUGACGGCAGCGGUCGAAGCGAAUCUUGGAGACUAUGGGAAGAUGCACCCUCUGGAACCGAUUCUUGUCGAUGCGCGGAAGGCUACCUUUGGGGGGAAGUGGCCUUACGAAUCCAAGAGGGGAUUCAAGUGCAAGUCAAAGCAACUUGCCGAAGCUGGCUGGAAAUUCGCACCAACAAUCGAGGAUGAAGACAUGACAGUUUGUCCAUAUUGCCUGCUAGGACUUAGCGGUUGGGAACCUGGUGACAAAGCAAUCGACGAACACCAGAGACGACAACCUCAAUGUGCGUUUUUCCGUCUUCAGGAGGAAUUACCACCACCGAAGAAGCCCACGAAAAGAGCCAAAACAGCCAGGACAUCCAAGGUCGCCCACCGCCUUUCUGUCCAGCCUGUCGGCAUCCCCACUGCAGAAACCUCGGAUCAAGUAUCCGCCUCAGACACCGCGGGCGGCCUUGAGGAUAUCAUCAUGGCGCCAACCACGCGAGCAGCAAAGAGCAAAAAGGCAACUACUAGGAGUCGAAAAGCGAAAGCCCAGAAGAAGGAAGCAGAGCCCAAGGCAACCUUAAAGGACAAACCAGCAGACGAACAAUUGGCUGCUGAAGAACCACCAAAUGGACGGAAGCGGGGAAGCGAGUCGAUUUCCGACUCUGUGGACUCCAACCCGGAGGCGCCUCCGCAGAAGAAGCGGGCAACACGAACAGGAGGAGCUGCGAUUACUGAUGUUUCCACUUCAGCCGUGGAAUCACAGGACAAUGACAUUGUCGAUGCACCAUCUCCCAAACAAACAGCUACCCGCAAGAGAGCGCCCGCCAAAGGAACACAGAACUUGCGGAAAAGCUCGCGAGUUUCUCUGCGGCACUCACAUUCGACAACAGCGCCGCAGACAGAUUUGUCGAAUGAUGAGGGCGUCAAUCGUCAGAUGGACAGUGAUGACGCCGAUAUUGGUCCAGAACGCAAAGCGCAGGAUGCAAAAUCACAACAGGAAGCGAAUGCUGAGGAUCCAAUCUAUUCAUCCGACAUCCCCCUCCCCAAAGAUAGUCGUAAAGUAGCUGCCCAGAGGAUGUCUAAGCAAGCGAAAAGGAUCCAACAGUCUCUUCCAUUAUCCGAUCCUAUCGACGAACUGACGAGCGGACCUACUGCUGUGCCCGAAGCUACAUCUAUAGUGCCUCAAAUAGCAGAGCCCGAGCUAGGAUCUGGAGAGGAUCCUGAUAUAACCUUGGUCUCAAAAAGUAGCGACCGACCAAGUACGGUCAAGCGGGGAAGGGGACGCCCAUCAAAAAAGUCUACAUCUUCCCAUGCGUCAAGCGAAGUGGCAGAGCAGCAGCGAACUUCAUCUGGGAUCCCGCUUCCGGAGGCCCAAGCCCCGGUCGAGACCCAGGCCGAGCCUGAAACCGAGCGCCGCUUAUCAGCUUCAACUCCGAAAGAGGCGGGCGUUGAAGCGGCAACAGAAGAACCGGUUCCGGAACCUACGCCCCGGGCCUCCCCUCUUAGAGCGGCCGUUACUCGUGUUGCGCCGACACCAGCCAAAAUGAACAAGCCUCUUCCUCCGCCGCCAUCUGAGUCCCCAGAUCACCUGUCUCAGCCGCUUGCUACACCUCAGGCACCUACAGUCGCGCGUGUACCUCAAGAACAGCCAAGCGUAUACCGCUCGCCUUCAAUGCAAUCCUCAAAUGCAGAGAACCGACCCCCAUCGCCGAAGCAAUUGACCCCAAUAGUCGAACGUCAUGCUCUAGCACCAAUGGCCACCACACCAGACAGGCCCACUUCUCCUUGCAAACGGACGAUUCUGGGUGCCCUUCAAAGCACUAAGCCUUGGACCGCGGCGGAUUUAGACAAUAUUUUCUCGCCCAACAAGAAUGACUACGGCAAGGAAGACGGCAUUGACAAACUCUUGCACAAGGGCAGUGAGCUCACGAGCCCGGAGAAGCGGAUGACCGUGGAGGAGUGGAUCUAUCAUAAUGCCAACUUGGCCGAGCAGAAACUGAAGAGGGAAUGCGAGGAGAUGGUCCUGCUGUUUGAGAAGCAGGGUGCUAGAGCGAUGGAAGCUUUGGAGGGGCUUGUCGUCGAGUAGCGAAUGAGUGGCACGACCCUUGGGCACCUGAUUAUCAGCAUAGAAGGACGAGACGUGUGGAUUUGCAUACUAAAUUCCGCUUCUGGUUCAAGGUCGGGCAAAUUCUGUGUGUGUGAUACCAGGUAAUGGACAUGGAAUUUGCGUGAUGCGUUACAUAGCAAGCUUAUUGUGUCAGUGACUCUGGCUUCUGGUUUGAGUAGCAUGGAAGGCGUCAUUCGACGCCCGGUUAGACGAUGUAGAGAUAGCAUUGUUGGUGGCGUUACAAUGGAAUUGCACAAUAGUGUGCAUCGCAACAAAACAAGCCCUAAAGUUACAGCUGCAGGUUCUCUAGAUGAUGCUGGGUUGGGGACUUGAACUAAAGAGCGAGUGUGACG